AUGGACCCCCUCUCGAUUGCUGCCUCGACGGUGCCCUUGCUGGAGGCUGCUGGCUUUAUCACCAAGUCCCUCUAUAAGCUCGCCAAGUCCUACCGAACGGUGGAAGUCCGUAUCGUAGGACUCUGCGAGGAGCUCACCAAUCUAACAAACUUUCUGAAUACGGUGGACAAGACUUUGAGGAGAUAUGGCACCCUGGAUUUUGCCCUCGUGGAGAAGGAGCUGUGGCGGGAGAUUGACCAGUCGUUGGUCAACUGCGAGCUGUCGCUGAACGACCUGGGAAAACUGGUCGAGAGGAUCAAGAGGCACGCCCACACGAAGGGCUUUGCCUGGAAGACUCGAACGGUAGCGGACCUGGCCGUCUACGAUGGCGAGCUGGCUGCGUUCAGAGACAAGAUCCACAAGUCCAACUCGGCUUUACAGACCAUUCUCAGUACUAUCAAUGUGUUCGUCGCCUCUAGGUCGCUGUCUCUGCGAAGCAACACGUCGCAAGCCAAGAUCCUGACCGAGCUGAGUACGCUCAAGCUGUCUAUUGAAGCAGCACUCCGAGUGUCUCGUCUGCCGGUCGGCGGAUUCUCCCAGCACUUUAUCUCUCUCCCUGAUGCCCGUCUAUGCCAGAAUCUGUGGCACCUGGCCGAGGCGGCAAAGCAGUUUCACUCUGCCGCUUCUUCGACUGCUAGUACCGUCAGGGCAGAUGACAGCAAUGCUUCCGUCCGCCAGCUCUCCAGGACGGGUUCCAGCCUCGCUGGCGACUUCCCUCCCAUCAGACGCCAGUGGGUUGAGCAGUGCCUCCGGCAGGGACGUUGCCAGUCUCCUGAGUUCGCUACGCCUGUUCUAUCCAAAGCAAGGACGAAUCCAGAAGAGUUAAGCGACCAGAAGAAAUGGACGUCAGACUCGCCGGCCCUGGCGUCAGACUCGGCGCCACAAGUCUGUGAACAACGUCGUUCAGACGAAGAAACGGAAGACGAAGAGGAAGAGGAGGAGGAGGACGAUGGCGAGGACUGUUCAGACUUUGACCAGUACUACAUCUCUGGCCUUUACGAGCUCGCCAAUGAAAGCAUCAAAGCACUCGACUUUGCCAACGCAGCACGCCUCCUGAGCCGCUUCCUCUCCAAGGCCACCGCCUCAACCGAGGCGGGCGUCGCGCACAAGCCCACACGCACGACAAAGAUCCAGCUCGCCAUCUGCCACUUUCUCGAGGGUUCCUGGCAAAAGGCCGCGCCGCUGGUGACGGAGCUCGCCCGCUCGAAAGCCGGCCGGAACAUGGUCGUGUGCAACCUCCUGCACGCCCUGGCCAUCGCAUACCUCGCCCAGGGCAAGACGGAUGAGGCGCUCGCCACCUGCCAGCAGGCCUUUCUCGGCAAGAAGCGGCUGUGGAAGAAGCAGGACAGCGACGAGUACUCGACCGAGUACUACGCCUCGCUCGGCCUCCUUCAUGUCGUCUUUGACGCCUCCGACGACCCGAUCCGAGCAGAGAUAUUCAAGCGCCAGCUCCCCGCCGACUUUGACUAUCACCACUUCCCCGACCCGCGGCUCUUUGUCGCCCAGCACCAGACCCUUCUCAGGGCUUUGUUCCUGCUGCCACCGGGCGAGACUGCCGCGCCGCUCGUCUUCGAGGGCAGCGCUGAGCCCGGCAAGCGCGUGAGGGGUUCGAGGCGGGGCGGAAGCUCGCAGGAUGUCUCGACCAUCGAGACGGACGCGAUUCCCUUUCGCGGCGACGCGGACGACGAACUGUCGCCAAUAUCACCCCAGGCCGUCAAGAGGGGCAUCAACCGCAUCUUCGGGCGCAUGAUCCGGCGCACGUCGAGAGAGGCGCUCGACAGCCCCGGCAGUCCGAAGCCGGACUCAUUCCACUCAAACGGUCUCACGCGCCACCGAGUCAAGCCAGCAAACACGUGGACAAACACCAAAAAGCUCCGGACGGUCCUCAAGAAGAGACGGGUCGUCAAUCCCCCGCAAUGGCGACGACAGGACAGCGCGGAGGGUGAGUCGAGCGGCGGCGAGUCCACGCCGCUGCAGGAUGACGGGGCGUUCACGACGACGGGGCGGUUCUUCUUCGCGGGAGACGAACAACGCGGCGCCCCUGUCUUCCGCGCCGAGCUCGCGGAUACGAGUAGACCGCCCGAACUGGGAUGUAUGGCCACGAUCCCUGCCAAGGCCCUCGAGGAACCGAGCUGGCAGGCAUAUAACCCGUACCGGAAGCUUGAUACCUCGCGUUCCAUCAGAAAGGCCAAGUCGAAGCCGACACUCGCACAAAGAAGCACAAAGGACGCAGACAUCGAAGACUCGGGCUACGAAUCGGCAGGGAGCUCCUCCCCACAAAAACUAGCAGCGCCAGAGGCGGGCGACAUUUAUUCAUCCACUCCGGCGAGAGAAAAGGGGUUCAAGAAGCAUGAUGUACCGCAGCUGCCACAGCCGGUUCCCUUCGCAAAGACAGGGCCGCCGCCGUCGCCAGCGCAACCGACGGCGAUUACGUGGAGUCCCGGCCUAACGCGUUCGCGAGAACCGCCGCCAUCGACCCGUCCGACAACGGAUCUCUGGAACUCUAUCUUCAUACAACUCAAAGAACCAGAAAGAACGUUCAAAGGACCCAUGGAAGAGUAUGCAACCAAGAGCACCAUCAAAAAUUUCAAGACACUCGAUGAACUUGCGAGAUCAUACGAGAAACCACGGAGGGCACCAGACAUCUAUAACCAGGCUGGAAACGGCGCGCAGCAAAGGUCGUGGGUGCAGUUUUCGGCGCGAUAUCUGCCUGGAGCGAAUAGGGGAGGCUCGAAGACACCAAUAGGUGCCCUGUAUCCGAACCUCAGGAGACCAUGGCCAUGA